GAGUUUAUUUCUCUCUGGUGUGAUCCUCAUACUAGUGCUGCCUCCAGCUUUUUCUUUAAAAUGGUUGGUGUUAGCGAUCAGCUCAGUAUUGAUCAGUAUUUCGCAAUGCAACAGAUGCAAUCUUCCGCAAAGUUUUCCACAAUAUUUAUGAUGUAAAAGCAUCUUGAGUUAUUAUUAAGGAACAAACAACACUAUUUAAUGUUACGAUGAGUGACAAACAUAAAAAUUUAGUACCACAACUCGAAUCCGCUUAUGCUCAAGGAAACUGGAACGAAUUAUCAAUCCUCCUCGAUCCAAAGUUGUUUAAAACGCUUGAAUCAGGGGAGUUGUUUGCGUUCCCAAUCCUAGGAAAAGUAUCAGAGAUCCUCACAACUGAAAAUCCUAAUGUUCCGGAUGAAAUAAAAAUUGCUUGUUUGAAAUGUUUGGGAAAUUCCUGUUUCAAUGGCUACAUACAUAAAGAAUAUGAUUCCAAUGUUAUUGAGAAAGGGAUAUACUGCCAUAAACUGUAUUCCACUUUAACAAAUAAUGAGAAAUUAGAAGAAUUAGAGUAUCCAGUUGAUACGCAUUUCCCUUAUGAGGGUAUAAUUGAAUGGGCAGUUAACUUAAUAAAAUCUUACAAAACUGAUAUUGAUGUGUCGCAUGAGAAAUUAAAGAUUUUAAGACUGAGUAUUCAAUUCCUGUGCAACCUAUUUACGUUUGCAUAUAAAGAUGACAAGUACCCAGACCAGCAGAAAGCACCACAAUGUUUAUACGAUGGCGAUUUAAAAGAUGUGAUAAUGAAUCUGACUCAGUCUGAGCACGUUCCACUCGUCAAAGCUUCCUGUAUAUUUAUUCACAAUGCCUUGAAAGAAUUUGAAGGAGAAUGUUUCACGGCAACAGAAGAGAAACUCUUAUGUUCAUUGUUAUUGAAGCCAAUUAAUGAAGGUUUUGAAAGCGCAAAGGAGGCUCUAAUGUUUUUAUUGUGUCGACCAAAUGUAUUACCAACUGCAUAUGAUGAUAUGACAAUAGCGAAUAGAUUAUGUUUAUUGAACAUACUUCACGAAGAAGUUUCAAGUUCGGGGGAGUAUCUGUCCCCAAGAAAUACAGUGGAAUUUUUAAUUGAAAGAUUUUGUGCAAGAAGCGACUUGAUUUUAAAAACAGUAGAUAUGAUAGAUGAAGUGGAAACUAGAGAAAUAGUCAUUCUUCUUGAUAUUAUCGGGACAUUAACUUUAGGAUCUUGCGAUCGAUACAAUUUCCUUAAGGGGUACAAGAAUCUACUCAUCAACUGUAUUUAUCUGCUGAAAUCUAUUCAGAUGAUUGGGAAACAAUCAGACAAUUAUUUUACCCCGUUGCAAAAGCUGAGCGAUGUAGCUGUAGUAAUGCAGGAAGCAAGAAAUGAAUCGGCGGAAGGAAACGGUGUUGGGAAAGAAAUGAAGAGCGAUAUUCAAAGUCAUCCUGUGUUUGGCUUCAAAGCUGGCCUGAUCAGGGUUAUAGGAAAUCUGUCGUACAAGAAUGAAGAGUGCCAAAAUCUUGGUGGUCGGAGCGGUUAUGGUCGGCGCGGCCGUUUGCGGUCGCAUCCCCGGCCUGGCUAAGAGUCAACGGGAGCAGUGCAGAAAGGCGCCGCACGCGAUGCCGGCUGUGGGCGAGGGCGCGGAGCUGGGGCUGCGCGAGUGCCGGCAUCAGUUCAGGCAUCACCGUUGGAACUGUUCCCACGUGGCGAACGAUCAGGUCUUCGGCCACGUGGUCAUAGUAGGUAAGAGAGCAAGGAUUGUCCUGUCACCGCGGCCGGCCCGCUAUUUAUUAUACGCGCGCCGCGUUUUACCUCUUCGGUUCUUAGCUGUAAAAGGCCCCGGUAAUGGAUGCGAGGUAUUUCGAGCACUCGCCCCGUUCAUGCGGCAUAAAUGAUUGCGCUCCACGCGAAAAGGGUCGAGCUACAGUUUUAUAGAGUACCGAACGAGAAUCAUAAUUGGUUGCACGGCUAAUAGAUAAUAACAAACCCGUUAGUUUAUAUCAAUUUACGGCACGACGUAUAUUUAAAAAUGUACAAUGUUAAAUACGAUAAAGUUUCGAAGCAGGCACUGGAAUUAGGCAACUGAAAUUUCUAAUCUCCACCUAAUUAAUUACCGAUUCAACUUCAUCUGCAUAUGUAUCGACCUACAUGUAAAAGUUUGAGAAAUCAAUUUAAUCGAUUCGGUAUUAAAUUAUUUAAUCGAACACGUAGGUAUCUGUUACUAAGAUAAACGACUCGGGUGUCACGCGCGUGUUUUAUUAGGCGAUCGGACCUUUAUCAUGCUUAAUGGUCUUUUCAUUAACUAUAUCUUUAGGUUUCAUCGUGAAUUUAUUAAUGUACAAUCUACGGCAGAGCUCGUCUAGCAGUUAAUCAUUUCCUAUUGAAAAUAAACGAGUCCUCGAGGCAGGUCGAUGAAAAGAAUUAUUGGAGUUCGAUGUAGGUAGAAUUUGAUUAGGACGAGAAUUUCAAUAAAUUCCCUAUACGUUUUCAUAAUUUUGUUCUGCAUAAUAACGAAGCAAUAAAUCAUUAUUAAAUCCUGUGUAAACAUAAUUAAAUACAGCGACGAUUCAAGCUGCGUACGCCAUUCAUAUUACAUAUGUUUGCCUUAAAACGAAUUCAUCCUGAAUCUAAAAAUGGUUAUGCUCAUCUUAAAACGUGCAGGAACAAAACUGUGCUCUUCGGUGAGGGUUUAAAGUGGUUGUGGGAGUAGAAAGCGGGUUUGGUCGAUCUCCACGCCGAUAAAAUCCACGCUACCGCGGGCCACCGUUCCCUUUAUCCCUCCAUCUCGCGUCGUCCUCCUCUCCGAGCCUAAUCCUCGUAAAAACGUCCGCGGUGAGCGCCCGUUGCCCGCCGACUCCCUAAUUUGGAACCUUCGCUUCUGGAUUUCAACCUCGCACCGCGGGAACCGUCGUUCCCUUACGUUGCAAAAGAUAACUUGGCUACCAGAGAGUCUGUGCCACUGCGUUGAAGUCUCACAGCAUCAUCGUUAUAGUAAAACACAGAUACAUUAAUAUAUUCAGAAUUUCUUACAAUUCUCUAUACGACUGCCUUGUCGAUUCGUGAAUUUUAUUCCAGCAACAGUUUAUGAAUUUCAUUUAACGAUAUAAUUGUAUCCAUAUUUCACGAUACGAGACGCAUCAUUUUCACGUAUAAUUCGUGUAGUCGAGGGCGAGUAACUUAUGCAGUCCGGGAUUAAACAGGGACAAACGGCGAAAGCGAUAUGUCUCGGGCAGGAGAUAAUCCAGGUAUUUCAGUCAAGAAGCCGACGUGAUCCGAUCGCAUAAAUAUCGUUAAACGGAACGUAUUUGUCAUUGGCGUAUUAAAAAACCGUAAGCGGCCGCGCGGUUUAUAGGAAACAGGUAGACGACACGCACCGCGAUUUCUCAUGAUUAACUCACCGGAUUAAAAGGCCGGACGUGGGAAAGAGCGAAAGUCGGACGGCUGAUUUAUAAACGCCGGUUAUUUGUCACUUGGCUUGUUCCCAUUGAACGGAAUACAAUCGGACCCCCUUGAAUUCCAUAAGGAUAAAACACGCGGGGUUCAAGCGAUCCUUGUUUAACCCUUCGACCACUGAAUUAUGUCGCCAAAGGAUUCUUUUUAUUCGCCUGUAAUAUCGAGGAUCCUAGGAGCGUGAGAGUUAAAUUUAUUUUAUGGUUUAAUCAAGUUAUUUUUGCACUGUGAAACGAGGCAUCGUACAACGAGCAUUGCUACAAUUAUUCACAACAUUCUUGCGUACAAAUGAAAUUUAUUAUGCUCGUCGAUCAGCUUGGGGAGUCUUAUGGUAGUGAAUCACGCUCGCUGUUGGAUACUUAAUUCAACUUUGUCAAACGCAGCUGCUGCUGCUGCAGCAACAAAAUUACUGAGUACUAUACGAUCUGUAUGACAGUGUAUACGCAUGAGAUUCAGUAUAUUUUGCAUAUAAUACGUUAUUACGGAUACAAUGAAUUGAAGAAGACGCAAGACGAAAGAAUGAUUUAUUUAUUUUCAACGUAUCGAACAAAAUAUAAAUGAGACAUCUUAAUUAUCUACAGGAUAAAAGAGUAAAUGAAACGAAACGGAAAUAGCAUGAAUUAACGAGAGGGAGUAAAAAAUAUAAAUAACGCCUGGCAAGACGAAGGAGCUAACUUAAUUAGUGAAAUUAACGGGGCCGCUCGACGCGGCGAACGUUAAGUGAGACGAUUUUGCGCGGCCGAGAUAUUUCCCGGCUCGUAAAACGCUCGAUGGAAUCCGCGCGGCGUGUAGCUACUUAUUUAGGAGAGGCUUCGAAUCAAACGCGGCGAUUAACGAGUUUCACAUGCCGGCGUCGAAGUCUCCUCGGCUAGGUUGCACAACGUGCACUCGAAGAUCCAGUAGACGGGUCUUGGAAAUGUUCAUUAACAAGAUAUAAUCGAGUCCUUAGACAACAUUGUUGCACCUCGAUUCCCUCCAUAACUUCUUCACUUGGUGCGAUUUAAUUAAAAAAUAAAAUCUACGCAAUCUUCAUAUAUUUACGCGUUAUACUCGUACGAACACGAAUUGCACCUCAAUUAAAUAUUAUUUAUUCCACCGAAGACUGUUCUCGCGCAUUUUAUCUGUUCUAGUUGGAUUGGAAUCAUUUUCCAUGCUAAUUAUCGAAGAAUCCGCGAACGAAACUAUUUCAUCGAACUUCAAACGGGCGCCGAUGCGAAAAAUCGAACGUAUCCGCUGUUUAAUGGACGGGGACGGUCCUCUAAUGAGGGGACCUGCGAGAGACAGCACGAGCGCGGAUCUCUUCCCCCUCGAUCAAGUCGAUUAUGAAGAUUUCCCAGUUGUCGUAAUCGCCAGUUCCCGUUCGCAGAUUAAAUUACUCGCGCGCUUCGACACGGCCAACUGGAGAACCGGUAUACAUAUACAGUGACAGUCAAAAGUGCAUACGAAUUGCAACUCAUCGAACAACAAGAAUCGAAACCAUUUGUUUAAAUACUUUUACGUAAUGUACAUCAGGUGUUCUUUGCAGAAUCGAUUUAACUGUUCCAGUCAUAUGAAACAUGAAGGCUAAGCGUUUCGAAUAGAAGUCACAUCCAGUUCACUUUUGACACUCACUGUAUGCAAUGAGAAGAGAAAACAGAGUUGCACGUAUGCAGAUUCAGGAUGUCGCAGUUUGCGAAUGAAACGUGGCUCGAUUAUCGAAUCGGUCGCGAAAUGAAAAAGAAACUACGAGGAAACGUAUUUCUUAAAAAGAUACCAAAGCUUCUUCGCGGGCACUGUAGGUGUUCGAACGGUGGUGGUGUUGCUUUCUAUUGGGUCGGGUUCGGCAGGUACUGAUAACGCGUCGCGUCAACCCGUUGACUUUAUCAGGGAUGCACGCUCUCCGACUGUUGUAUUUUUUGCCCACCGGCGUGCGGUCCGGAUUAUUUUGUCACGCGUGGAAUAAAAUUAGCACGGAUUUAUAGGCUAAUAACGUCGAUAUCAUCACCGGAUAAGCUUCGACCGGAGAUUUUUAUGGGAUCAAGGAGACAAGUGCACCGUGCGCUUAUCAGAUAAGAUUUCCCCGGAACGAUCCGUUUUCUUCGCGUGUUCCGACCUAUCGAUGCGUUAUCGCGCGCGCAUCACUCCGCUUCAUGAACUCGUUUCUCGGAAUAUGGCCGAGCAUCGUGCGUUUACACCGAGAUCCCGAUCGGAUUUACGUCCAAGCGACGAGUUACGAUCUCAGAUACACCGCGAAUUUGUACGUUCCUGCGAUUCGAUCUUAUCGAUUUUAUUUAUUUACCUACCGAUUAUCCGGAUCAAAUCGGCAACGAGCAAGACGAAUAUCGAUGCCAACAGGAAUUACAAUUUUUAUAAGUUUCCUUAUUUAUCAAUUCCCUAGCCGUACUUCAAUCGAGUAUAUUUAAUCGGAUCACCAGUUGACUCGAGGAGGAGGAAUACAUUUUCAUAAAUUAAACUCGUUCACGCGAUUUCGGCGAGCCGUGCGUGGGCGUAUCCCCUAAUCUUGCAGACGAGACGUAAUUAAGAGAUCCAUUACCCGGGCCACUUCGGAAUUAUUAUCUAUUAUUAAUUCAAUCGACUUGCUCCUUAAUUACGGAUGCGAAUCAAAAGCGAGUACCUUCGAAUUUUCGAUUACUUGCUCGUGCAAAUCAUUCAAAUCUGAUGUAUACCAAACAAUAAAAAAUAUGUUACCUCUGAUCGGAUACAAAAAUGUACUCAUUAAACUUUGCAAAUCGUGUAGGUCUCACAGAAAUUCAAUGAAACGUCGGGUAUUCUUAACCAGUUUAUUCCGCUUAGCAUUCAAUCCUAUCGCGUUCUCGACUUUGGAUGGUAGAAACCUAUCACGCUUACUCGGCUCUCGACAUAAAGUCAUCGCGAGCAACGUCUCGGUUUGAAUAUAAAAGAGAGUGCCCCCAAAGCUUGAUUUACGCCGGUUGAUUCAGGAUAUCUCGCUCACGACUCAAAUCAGUUGCGACCCAUUGAGACGUACUCUGAUCUUUAAAGGGAAACUGGUUGGCAAAAAUCAUUUACGAAAAACCGUAGAAUUGUUCUCGUUUCAAUGGUAACUUAAAAGGAAGAGAAUAUUGAGUAAUAGAAUUUUCAUUUAAGUCGUACAAUUUUUGUGUAAUGAAACUUGUGCAUUAGUUAAAUGGAUUUUAUCAAUCGUGAUAAAAUAUCAAUUUCAUUUUACUUACGAUUCGAAUAUAUGAUUUUGAAAAUACCUUGAAUCCCACGAAUGGCCGCGCGACGAAUAAAAACGGAUCAGCGACCGUCGAGUGGAUUUGAAACGCCUUAAAACCCUUAGUGUAAAACCGUGGAUAUAACUUUGUCUCAAUUUCAAAAUAAUCUGUAUCAUAAAUGAAUCGACCUGGCCGUAAAUUGCACUCUCCUUCAAUUUCUUACUUUGCCAGUCAUGCAUUUAGUUGUAUCUUCUCUCCAAAUCGAAACAACGUAUUUCCAAGGCUCGGUUUCAAGUAAGCUGAAAUCAUUCCCUAUCACUUUCAAUCCGGCAAUUGGAGAAAGUAAAAACUAAACGCGAAGCUUUAUAAUAAAAACGUCUUUCAAGAUUUAUAUAAAAAAUUGUCUCUUAUAUAAUACUCAAUUUCUAUUUGUAUAUGUAUUUCUGUUUCUAUGUAUUCGUAUUGAUCGACACUACAUAGUUACGUGCAGGUGAAUAAUCAGAGAUGAUUAAAAUUAAAUCGAACGCUUCGUUAUACGAAAAUUUCUUUAAUUUCGAACCAUGAUCGAAUCCUUAUCAAUCGUAUAAAUAAGAAGGCAUUCGGUUUCUGACACAGCGUUUAUCGCCGGACGCUGGGAUUCAUUAAGGAACUGUAUCCCGGCGUACGUUUCAACCUGCUUUAGAUACCCCGUCCGCCUAAUGACCAGAAUUCGGGCACCCACGUGGCACGAGAACUUCGCUCGUUAAACGGUUCGCCCGAAAAAUGAGAAGUGAAAUGAAAAAAAA